GCCGGCAAUUAUUUCCCAUUGAAUAAAACUUACCCUGCAUAUGUAAUUUCUUUGAUUCACUUUGCAAAGUAGACCACACUGUCCGCUUCAGUAAUGGUCACCGUGCAUUAACCGUACAUUAACAUUCAGACUGGAAAAAUGUUGGAUAAAGUGUUGGUAUUAUUAUUUGUAAUUUCGCGGAUAAAUGGGGAAACGUAUAGUGUGUACAAUCCCUCGUACAGUACGAUCAAUCUGCCCAUCUUCGCAAGGAAUAUUCAGCCGACCAAUCAGAAUUAUUUGAAGGUCUCGAUGGGACAGCCGCAGUUGGUGGGCUAUUUGACCCCGGUGCGGAAGACCGGGGGCACGGCGUACUAUCCCAUCCCGGUGCCGGUGGAUUAUGGAAAUGGCGGCAACUAUGGGAAUGGCGGUAACUAUGGGAAUGGCGGCAGUACGUAUUCCGUAUCGGAAUACUCACCGUCGGGUUAUGAUAACUCACCGGCGUACUCGCCGAGCCCGGUGUAUAACUCCCCGUCGUACUCCAGUCCCUCGUACAGCUCUCCAACUCCCAGCUACUCAUCACCCCCGCAAACCUACAACGACAACACGUACAACCCGUCCCCAUCGUACUCUCCCUCGUACGCACCCGCGCCCAGCUACAUUCCCUCCGGCUACUCCGUCUACACCACGCCCGCGCCCUAUAUCGCGCCGCCCGCCUACAGUCCACCGUCGUACGCCAGCCAACCUUCUUAUUCGCCGCCGUCAUACAACAGUCCGCCCACCUACUCCGCGCCGGUGUAUGACAGCCCAGCGCCAUCCUACUCCGCGCCGCCUUCCUACAGCAGCCCACCUUCCUAUUCCGCGCCACCGUCAUACAGCAGUCCGCCUUCGUACUCCGCUCCCACGUACGAUACACCGGCCGCCCCGACGUACAACUCACCGCCUAGUUACUCCGCACUAUCGAGCUAUUCAUCCCCGCCUUCGUACAGUGCGCCUUCACCACCGUCGUACAGUGCGCCUUCACCACCUACUUAUUCCUCGCCUCCGAGCUACGCGGCUCCGCCCACUUACACCGCACCCUCGCCGCCCAGUUAUUCCUCACCGCCGUCCUACUCCUCCCCACCAAGCUACUCCUCUCCGCCCAGUGCGGCGAUCACGUACUCAUCACCUCCAUCAUACUCUUCCCCUCCGGCAUAUUCCUCCCCGCCUUCAUACAGCGCCCCCUCGCCGCCCUCUUACUCCUCCCCACCGAGUUAUUCGUCUCCACCCAGCGCGGCGAUCACCUACUCCUCCCCUCCGAACUACAGUGCUCCGUCAUCGUAUUCCUCCCCACCGUCAUACUCUUCCCCGCCGAUCUAUUCCUCGCCUCCCUCCUAUAGCCCAACCUCCCCGUCCUACUCCUCGUACAGUGCACCCCCGUCGUACUCCUCUCCACCGGCAUAUCAAGUCAUUGCCAGCUACUCUCCGCCGACGAUCAUUCCUUACAAUCCGCCGGUGGAUAACAACGCCGGCAAGUACGUCGGUUAUGGAACAGCCGCGCAAAGCUACUACGGAGGUCGGAAGAAACGGUCGAUCGUGCCACGGAAAACAGUGUACCAAAGGAGACGAUAGUUUUUGUACUUAUCUCGAGAGAUUUAUUUGAACCACGGGGAAGUUUACUACGGUCAAGCCUUUCCCGUUUCUCUCCCGACGGCUAGGAAUAUAAUUAAAAGUUAAUAAAGUUAACACAUUAAUACUAAAAACGUAAUCAAAAUAAAUAAGCUUAGUAUCCUGCGUAUACCUUCUUCCG